AGCUUAGUUCAACUGCCGUACCCCUUCGGAACCCAAAAUAUAAGCAAAUGUAAACAAGCACUUUAUAGCCUCAACUUGGUUAAAACUAUAAUUUUAUAGAUGGCCAGUCCUUCCAUCCAUAGCUCUUUCUAUGAAUUUUACAUUUCUCCAGCCCUAUCUCUCAGAUUUUUACUGAAACAGGGCGGUCUGGCUUUAUUGUUUCAACACCUGAUUGACACUAAGUGCCGAGCAUCAACGCUCCUCUGGCUGGAAACUACAAGUGCUCCUGAGUAGAAUGGACCCUCCCUUUUACUGUGACACAAUUUACAGAAAAUUAUAUAUGUUGCAAUAGGUAUUUAUUGUUAUUCAGCUGAUAGGUCACUCUUUAAGGGCUGCAAAAUGAGCAGCAACGUGUAGCUCUGUUGGUAGAGCAUGGCCCCUGCAGCGGCAGGGUUGUGGGUCGAUUCCCACGGGGGAGCAGUACGAAACAAAUAUUCAAACGUAUGCCCUCACUACUGUAAGUCACUCUGGAUACGCGUGUCUGCUAAAUGACUAAAAUGUAACGCUCCUCUGGCUGUAAACUCUGGAUUUGGAUACUAGAAGUGCUAGUAUGCACCCUUUGUUGACCAUUUAAGCCUUGAAAUAAUAAUACAUAAAUCGCAUAUAAAUACUUGUAAUUAUUAUUUAUAUGAUAACUAGUAUAAAAUAUGUAAUUGUGCACACUUUAUUAUCUUCGCCCUAAUUAUUCAUUUACAAAGCAUACAGGUCGGAACUCGUGACACGGAAGUACUUAGUUAUUCUUGCCUUCACAGUGGUCUAGUUAUCUAGGUGUAUUUCAGGAAUAUCUUUUGCCCCAUAUAAUAGUCCAAUGAUGACUCAAUUACAAUAUCUGAAUGUGUAUCUAACUGAGCGUUUGAUGCAAGCUGCGGAGGAGAUACUUGGAGUGGUCGGAAACACGAUCUCUGAGUACCAGGAAGAAAUAGCCCGGACGAAGAGAGAGAACCAAUACCUGAAACGACACUUGAUCACACCGGUCCUACCGGCCCCUCAGCCCAUUGUCUCUUGGGUCUCGGAGCAGCAAACUCCCCCUGAGCAACAGUACUGUGAGCAGGAGUGGAGCCCCAGUCUGGGCCAGGAGGACCCAGAGCCCACACAGAUUAAAGAGGAACAGGGUGACCUCAGGACCAGUCAGGAGGAAGAACAGCAUCAAGUACCGGAGUCUGAUACCAAAGAAGACUCCAUAUCUACUCCUCCCUGUGUGAAAAAUGAUGAGGACCGACCUCAGCCUUCACAUCUUCCCCGAACCCAAAGUGUGGAGAACAGAGUGAGGGAGUCUCUACUGACCAACACAACUGGACAGAUCAAAACAGAACCUGAUGGCUAUGGAGUAUCACUAUCAGAACCAACCAGUAACUCCCCUCAGUCUCAGCCCGUCUCUGAAGUAAGUCCAGACUCUUCUAGAACACAAAGUCAGAACACUGAGAACACGGAAAGUGUUCCUAUUGUUCUGAGAGAUCUAGAAAGGAGACCAGAGGAGGACACCCAGACACAGUCAUGUACUCAGUGUGGAGCCGUGUUCUGUGAGCUUUCCCAACUGAAGGCACACAUGCUAUCCCAUACAGUACCAGACACUGGUGACACUAGUCACAGGCAAAUCAUGUGCACAGUCUGUUGGAAGUCAUUCACAUCUACCAGUUACCUCAAGGUCCACCAGCGUUCUCACACUAAGGAAAAGCCCUUUCACUGUGGUGUGUGUGGCAAGAGCUUCAGCUACUCAGGGAAGUUCAGGGAACACCAGCGAAUUCACACAGGAGAGAGACCUUACCGCUGCCAUGUGUGUGGUAAACGCUUCAACCAGUCAGCCCACCUGAAGGCCCACCUGAGGGUACACACGGGGGAGAAACCCUACUCCUGUCCUGUCUGUGGGAAAGGAUUCAGUCAGUCCAGCCAGAUCAAGGGACACCUCAGAACUCACACCCGAGGGAGGUAGGAGAAAGAUGCCUUGGAGUGGAAAGACCCCAUGAGGGGAUAGACGGAGCUUUCUGUUCUCACAGUGCCCAGCUUUUAGGAGGAGAAAGCGAUAAAGACAUUACUUCUCUUCAAUGCUACUAAUUCUACGUACACUACAUGGCGAAAGUAUGUGGACACGCCUUCAAAUUAGUGGAUUCGGCUAUUUCAGCCAAACCCGUUGCUGACAGGUGUAUAAAAUGUACUUUUAGUUGACUUUCAAAGUGACACCAUCAUAGGAUGCCACCUUUCCAGCAAGUGAGUUCGUCAAAUUUAUGCCCUGCUAGAGCUGCCCCAGUCAACUGUAAGUGCUGCUAUUGUGAAAUGGAAAAGUAUAGGAGCAACAAUGGCUCAGCCGCGACGCGGUAGGCCAUAGCAACUCACAGAACGGGACCGUUGAGUGCUGAAGCGCGUAGUGCGUAAAAACGCCUGUCCUCGGCUGCAACACUCACUACCGAGUUCCAAACGCUGGAUGCAACGUCAGCACAAGAACUGUUCGUUGGGAGCUUCAUGAAAUGGGUUUCCAUGGCCGAGCAGCCGCACACAGGCCUAAGAUCACCAUGCGCAAUUCCAAGAGUGGGCUGGACUGGUGUGAAGCUCGCCGCCAUUGGACUCUGGAGCAGUGGAAACACGUUCUUUAGCGUAAUGAAUCACGCUUCACCAUCUGGCAGUCCGACAGAUGAAUCUGGGUUUGGCGGAUGCCAGGAGUACGCUACCUGCCCGAAUGCAUAGUGCCAACUGUAAAGUUUGGUGGAGGAUUAAUAAUGGUCUGGGGCUGUGGAAAGCCUCCCCAGCAGAGUGGAGUCUGUUAUAGCAGCAAAGGGGGACCAACUCCAUCUUAAUUCCCAAGAUUUUCAAAUGAGAUGUUCGACUAAGCAGGUGUCCCCAUACUUUUGGCCAUGUAGUGUAUUAUUGUAACACUAGAGGACUAUAGAAUGUAUGAUGUUUUACAGACUGUAAUUAAGGCACCUCAUGUCUGCAUUGAGUUAAGAAAGCUGCUCUAAUACAAUGCUAUGAAAAGACUUGAACGCAUCCCCUCAUAUCACUAGGUUACACUAACUAUGUUUCAAUUGGAGCUGGUUGGUCUUGCAAACAAACUUACGCUGUCAUAUUGAUUAAGUAUGUUUGGGAACAUUUACUUCUGAAUGUCUGUUUCUUUAGCGAAAAAACCCCACAUCAGGUCAAUGUUAGCUGGAGUGACUAGUGGGACUAUUGUUACAGACAACCCAUCCUCACCAAUGUUGUUAUAAAACCAUGUUUGAACACUA